GCCGCUCCGAACCAUCUUGACGAGUCGUCGCGACCAGUUUCUCGUCUGGGUCCUAGCUUGGUUCCUCUUCGCUUUUUUCUCGACGAUUUUCGUCCCGCUCGGACUUCGUGAAAAUUUCACCGGUGUUUCCGUUUCCGCCGCGAGCCAAGAUGCAGCGCGGAUUUACGGUGCUGGCGGUCCUCGCGGUGACGGCCGCGUCCGUCGCCGCCUCCUCGGAACGAGUAUUCACGAUGUGCAUCCCGGAGAAGUACUCGAAGGAGUGCGAAGAGAUGAUGGCGGAUUCGUCCAGUCAAAACCACCACAUACGCAUAACAUGCAUCUCCGGGCGCGAUCGAUACGAUUGCGUCGAAAGAGUCGGCAAGAAGGAAGCGGAUAUCGUCGCCGUCGAUCCCGAGGACAUGUAUCUCGCGGCAAAGAACAAACUGGCUGAGACGGCCGGCUACAACGUUGUCGAGCAGGUGAGGACAAAGGAGGAGCCCGAUGCGAUAUAUCGUUACGAGGCGGUGGCCGUGAUACAUAAGGACUUGAACAUCGACAACGUUCAAGGGCUGAAGGGCCUCAAGUCCUGCCACACCGGUGUAGGCCGCAAUGUCGGUUACAAAAUUCCCAUCACGAAGCUUACCGCGAUGGGUGUGCUGACCGAUGUCAACAACCCGGAAUAUUCCGCUCGCGAGAACGAGCUUCGCGCUUUGAGCACACUCUUCGACAAAGGCUGCCUGGUUGGCACGUGGUCGCCCGAUCCCGCGAUCAAUCAAAGGCUCAAGGAAACAUACAGCAACAUGUGCGCUCUUUGCGAGAAACCCAGCGUGUGUGAUUAUCCAGACAUAUACUCCGGAUAUGAGGGCGCGUUGCGUUGUUUAGCUCACAACGGCGGCGAAGUCGCCUGGACGAAGGUCAUCUACGUGAAGCGCUUCUUCGGCCUGCCCGUCGGGGUCACACCGGCGAUGCCCACCUCAGAGAAUCCGGCUGAUUUCCGAUACUUCUGUCCUGAUGGCAGCAAAGUCCCCAUCGACGCCAACACGAAGCCGUGCACGUGGGCCGCUCGACCGUGGCAAGGAUACAUGACCAACGGGGACGAUGCCAACAACGUGGAAGCUAUUCAAAGGGAAUUGACACAGCUGGGUCAGCUCGGUGAGAACGAGAAGGCAGAUUGGUGGAAGGAUCUCUUGUUGCUCGACGAGAAGACCUUGGCCGUCGCCGCACCGCCAGUGCCCCCGGAGGAGCACCUGAAGAGCGCGAAAUACAUGGACGUGAUCGAGAGGAAUUCCGGGGCGCCCGAAAGGGACGCUCGCUGGUGCGUCUGGGAUGCGAGCGCGCUGGAGAAGUGCCGCAGUCUCGCCAGAGCCGCGUUUUCCAGAGACGCCAGGCCUAGAUUCGACUGUAUAUUGGAGAAGGACCAGGAUGCUUGUUUGAAGGCCGUCAGGGACAACGGAGCGGACAUAACUGUGAUCGAGGGUGGAUCGGUGAAGCUCGCUAUAAAAGAUUACAACGCGAAACCGAUCGUCGCUGAAACCUACGGCGAUGGAUCGACUAGACACGGCGAGCGAGCUCCAGUCGCUGUCAUCAAAAAUGGAUCGCCCAUAAAUGGAUUUGGCGAUCUCAGAGGCAAGAAAGCCUGCCGCAGUGGCUAUGGACAUGACUUCUCCGGUACCAUCGCACCAGUUCACAUCCUCAGGAAGAAAGGUCUCAUCAGCGAACCGGACGAGAUAGAAGACUUCUUUUCUGCAUCUUGCGCACCUGGUGCACCCCGCGACUCCAAGUCCUGCGAACUGUGCGUCGGCAACAUCAAGUCCGGUAACGACGAAGUGAUAAAAGCCACAAAGUGCAAGGCGACGGACGCCGAAUAUUACAAUAGCGGACUGGGAGCGCUUCGGUGUCUCAAGGACGAUAAGGGAGACGUCGCGUUCCUGUCUUUCACGGCUUUGAUGCAGCUGGAUAACGAGAAAUACGGUGCUGGCAAACGCGAAGAUUACUUGUUGCUUUGCCCCGACGGCGGCCACGCGCCCAUCAACGAAUGGGAACGCUGUAAUCUGGGAUUGGAGGCGCCGAGAGUAAUCGUUAGUUCGGCCGGGAAGUCAGCAAACGCUCUGGAGGAACUGAAACACGGCAUUUUAGCCGCCAGCACCCUGUACUCCGAGCAUCCGGAUCUUCUGCGUCUGUUUGGCGCCUGGAACGAGAAGCGCAACGUAUUGUUCAAGGAUGACGUUAAAGGAUUGAUGUCCAUCGACAACACAUGGAACAUAUGGAACGAUUGGGCGGACAUCCAGAAUGACUACAAGAAUGACUACGGCAAUCAUUGAAAUUUGACGCGUGCGUUUAAUACCAUCUAAUUAUCUUUGACGUAUGUCAUGCCACAUGUGAUAUUGCUACUCUCGUUACUGAGAAAUAAUCAAUGUUAGGUUGUAGCCAUAUCAGUGGCUUGUGUAUAUCGUAAAAAGACGUUGCAUAAAUAAACCGCUGUCAUCUUCGAUUACCGCGCUUAUAUUUGUGCACUGGCAAAUGUAAUAUUGCCGAGAUUAGACGAGAUAGAGAUUGUACGCUUCAAUGCCGAUCGCCAAUCUUUCGAUGCCGAAGAUGACGAAUGAAACGCCCGUUUCUUUAUGCUUGCAACAAUAAAAGUAUAUAUUUUUUCGAA